GAGAGAGAGAGCGAAUAAGCAACUUUGUUACCAGGCAUAGCUGUGUCUCCUCCGGCACAGCGUGGUAAAAGAAAAGCAUUUGGCAGUUAUGGUUGAUCAGCGUUUCUUUCAUCCUCUCCGGUGCAUUAGAGACGACGAACGUACCCGCGCUGAAUAGAUCCCUCCUUCGUUUUGACGGAUUAAAAAUAAAAAGAUGCGUUGAAAUACCCAAACGAGCCUACAUCUUGAUCAAUGUGCGUGAGAUGACAUUGAGGAUACCUUAGCAGGACUGUGAGCUCGGGCCAUCGUUUUUGCAGGAAAAUGCAUUUUUGGAUUUCAUAUGUUUUGCUAAGUGCAACAUCUGUGUGCACUGUUGAGAUGUUUGGCACUUAUGGAGAAAUAUGUCAAAGACUGUGUGCCUGUGAGGAGAGAGAGGGGAUUCUCACAGUGAGCUGUGAAAACAGAGGAGUUGUAAGUCUCUCAGACAUAAGCCCAGUGUACUUCCCUCAGUAUCAUCUGCUGCUUACAGGGAAUCUUUUGAGAAAGCUAUCUGCCAAUGAUUUUGCUGAAUACAAAGGACUUACAAUAUUACAUCUGGGAAAUAAUGACAUAUCAGAGGUUGAAGCAGGAGCUUUUAAUGGACUUCAGGGAUUAAAGCGAUUGCAUCUCAACAACAACAAAAUUGAUGCCUUGAAGGAAGAGUUUUUCUUUGGCCUUGAAAGCCUGGAAUAUCUACAAAUUGAUUACAAUUAUAUCACUCAUGUGGCGCCUAAUGCCUUCAGCAGACUUCGACAUCUGGAGGUCCUGAUUCUAAAUGACAACUUAAUAUCUGCUCUGCCUGUGAACAUUUUCCAGUAUGUUCCAUUGACUCAUUUGGACUUAAGGGGGAAUCAGCUCAAAGUGCUUCCCUACUCAGGUCUGCUGGAGCACAUGAACAGCGUCGUGGAGCUACAGCUGGAGGAGAACCCUUGGAACUGUUCGUGCGAGCUCAUUGCUCUUAAAACCUGGCUUGAGAGCAUAUCUUACACAGCUUUAGUCGGCGAUGUUGUUUGCGAGUUCCCUUUCCGGCUUCACGGGAGAGAUCUUGAUGAGGUUUCAAAACAGGAGUUGUGCCCGAGGAGGGCCAUUGCUGAAUAUGAGAUGCCACCCCUGCCACAUUUGAGCACCGAUGCAUACUAUAGGACCACGCCAGCUUUAGUCACAGCCUCCCUCACCUCAUCUGGGAUAGCAAGGUCCUCAUCUAGACCCACUAAGGGACCUCACCAGUCAGGCAAAUUAAAAUCAAGGCCCACUGCUCGUGUCCCAUCAAAUAAACCCCAAAAUUAUGGGCAAAUUAUUUCAUAUCAAACUAAAUCCCCCGUGCCUUUAGAUUGCCCAACUGCCUGCACCUGCAAUCUUCAAAUUUCAGACCUUGGCCUGAAUGUGAACUGCCAGGAGCGAAAGAUUGAGCAUAUCUCUGACUUAAAUCCCAAACCUUACAACCCCAAAAAGAUGUAUCUAACAGGGAACUUUAUCCCUGUGGUGCGUCGAUCAGAUUUUAUUGAGGCGACCGGAUUAGAUUUGCUUCAUCUUGGUAACAAUCGAGUAUCUCGCAUACAUGACCGAGCUUUUGGCGAUUUGACACAUCUAAGAAGACUGUACCUUAAUGGGAAUUUGAUUGACCAUCUUAAAGCCGAAAUGUUUUACGGACUGGACACCCUACAGUUCUUAUAUUUAGAGUAUAAUGUCAUUAAAGAGGUUGCUUCUGACACAUUUCAGCAUGUUCCCAAACUGCAGCUUCUUUUUCUGAACAAUAACCUCUUGAAAACUUUACCAGUAGGAACAUUUAACGGCCUAACGUUAGCCAGACUAAACCUUCGCAACAACCACUUGCGUUAUCUGCCAGCCAGCGGCGUGCUAGAUCAGCUUACAGCGCUGGUGCAAGUUGAUUUGUUUGAGAACCCGUGGGAUUGCUCUUGCAGCAUACUGGAGUUGAAGAUGUGGCUUGAGCAGCUUAGCACAGGUACAGUUGUAAACAAUGUCAUCUGUGGCUCGCCUAAGAAGCUGGCUGGGGAGGAUAUGAGAUACAUUAAGACAUCUAAUUUCUGCCCUAAUAAUUCGGAUGUACUUGCCUCCAUGAUCCCACCCUCUGAAGAAUCGUUCCCUGGCAGCACUAUCACCAUAGAAACAUCCUUGGACUCUGACGCACAAUACAACGCCAUUCCUUUAUCUGUGAUGAUUCUUGCCCUUCUCCUCAUGUUCAUUGUGUCUGUGUUUGUAGCUGCAGGAUUGUUCGUGGUAAUGAAAAAGAAACGUCAGAAGAGCCAAAACGAGCACAAUAACUCCAUGAAUGCAUGCAUAAGCUCUCUCAACAUGGAAUAUGGCCUUUACAAAAAGGCAUCCAUUCCCAAAGUCAGAACAUCUGCUGGACAUGUAUACGAGUACAUCCCACCUCCCACGGAGUCCACGUGCAGAACUACAGCCCAAACCCCGACGGACAGCAAAUCAGUGGAUGGAUUUAGAGACUUUGAUGAGUUGAGCGGCGCUUUUCUGGGUAACUCGGAUGAAGAGGCAGCCAGUAAUGUAAUAAGCUCCGAAUACAGCGCCACCACUCCAGAGCCACUUAACAAGCCCUCCACCCCUCACCAAGACGAUCAGUGUUACUACAGAGAUGUACUUGAGCCUGACAAGCACACACGCUACAGCAAUACGUUGCCAUGCAGGCAUGCUGCUGCGCAUUCAUCCAGUCAGUAUACCUCAGACUAUGAUGCGAGGCAUCAAUACAUGCACCCAGAUAGAAUACAAGGAACAAUUCUGUAUUGUGCAGCACCAAGUACUGUGUAUGUGGAGCCCAACAGGAGCGAGUACUGGGAACUGAAAGCAAAGCUUCAUAUUGAUCCAGACUACCUUGAGGUUCUUGAAAAAAGAACAACAUUUACACAGUUUUAAAGAGACUUGACCCCGGAGUGGAUGCAUUGAUGCAAUGUAUCCAUUUCAAUCAGGAACCAGACCAUGUUUAAGAAAUAGGCGGGACUAUUUUAUCACAUUAUUAUACAAUUCAUUGUGAGCUGCAGUAUGCAUUUCUGGGGAUUACGUGUCACAGGAUUGAGUAAUAAAGGGGAACUCUACUCGUUUAAAAGUAUCACUUAUCCCUUUACCCCCGUGGUGUAACAGUUUGGUUAAAUUUGUAAAUAUGAACAAACAAACCAGAAAUUCGGGGGCUUUUAUGACUCAUCCCUACAUAAAAUACAUCCUGGAGCUGUCUCAUUGACAAUAACAAGCUUUUACUCUCAAAUUAGCUGCAUUUCAUGAGUGCUAAUGAAGCGUGCAGAUGACAUGUUCUUAUCCCAAAAAUAAAGCAGGUUUUUGUUUCAGUUAUAUAUAUGGCUCCCACUCCUGUCAAAUGUAUUUGAGUCCUAACUCACACAUGAGAUUAAAUCAAAUUUAUUCCGCAGGUAAAUGUAUUUGUAGGGAAUUUGCAUGUAGGUGUUGACAGUAGUCACACAUCUGUAAGGAAAACGUGACCUGUUCUGGUUAAAAAAUGGAGAGUCAGACACGUUAGGGAGGCGGUUUUCCCUCCACUAUGCACAGCUCUGGGAUGGUAAUAUUCAAUGCAUGAGAUCAUAAAACAAAUUCCAAUCUAAUAUAUCAAAUCACAGAUUAUGAUGCCAGUAAAUCUCUCUUGCUCUCUUGUUUGCAGAUUUGGGAGAGGAUAAUUAAUGUGUACUAAAAAUAUACUGAGCAGACCUGCUGCAUAUACUGUAGGAUAAUCUGUGAAAGUCUGUGGUGUUCCCUCAGAGCGUCCCCAACCUCCAAACCAACAGCACUUGUGGAUUAUGCACACAUGUUGCACUUGUAUUGAGUUAAAUAUUAAUGUAUUGUACUCAGAAAUGUUGUACCUAAAACGAUUAUAAUCCCAGCCGUAUUCAGAUGUAUUGUAACUGAAAGAAAAUUAGCUCUUAAGGUCUAUAUCCUAUGUAACAAAUUUGUAUUUUCUGGCAAACAAUCAGUUCAAAAAAACACUUGUUGAGAAUCAAGAAUUGUAAUGAGUGUCUUUAUUUAUUUGUACUGGAACCAAAGCACUUCACAAAAAAAAAAAAAAAAUCAGCUAAUAAUAUAUGCAAAGUUUGACACUCAGAGGAGUACAUCAAAGCACAUUCCUGUGCUUUAUUGUACCCAUACAACUGUUUUUCUUUAUUAUAUGUCUAAAUGGAUAUGCAGGAAUUGUCUUCCAGUUGCAAUACAUUUGAAUAGAUUUGCAAUACAAUAAGAGUCCAAGGUAUCUCCAUAUACUUCUGUUUGGAAUUCUGCUGAAAAUCUGUCAAUUCUGUUGGCCUUGGGCCCAUAUAAAACAUAUUUUGAAUGAUUGCAUAUUUUUAUACAAAGAAA